UAAGUACGAGCCUCAGAAUUCAGUAGUGCUAAUAACUUGUGCCUAAGCAAGUAAAUUUGAUGGACAUGAGGCAGCGGAUGGCUGUGCAAUGCACAGGCCCGGGUGCCAUGCCAAAGGACCGUGUUGGGAAGUUCAAAAAGUUGCGGGCACAUUCUGUCAAUCAGUCAAUUUGCUCGCUCUUCUCCCAAGUUACUAGCGUAUACGAGCAGGCAAAGUGUACCAUCACCUUCGAACGAGUUAGUAGGCAUCCUUCGAAAUCACUAUCCAUAUCAGGCCACAGGAUACGAAAGCCUCCCCGACGGUCCUUCGAAUACUUCUUACCCAUAUUCCUUUACUAUGUUCUCUGGCAGAUCGGUCACGGCUUCGGGAUCGUCACGGCCUGUUGUGCCAGUAAAAGGAUGGAUUCUAGCACCCGUUUUGGACAUAAGCGGCCACGAAGACCGUGACGAUACUCCAUCCAUAUCCUACUUUCCGGACGGGAAACGGAUAGUCAGCGGGUCACGCGAUAGGACCAUCCGUGAAUGGGACAUAGAACAAGGCAGGGAAAUCAAGCGGGCGCGGGAUGUUUGUGAGCGACAGGUAUAUACUGUGAGGGUAUCAAGGGAUGGUCGAUGGGUUGUCUCUGCAGGUGGGAAUUUCAUGAUCAGCGGGGAACUCAAAGUCCGUGAGGUUGAGACGGGGACCGUGAGAACAUUCGAAGGCCACCGACUAGUACUGACAAGUAUCAACUGCAUCGAUAUAUCUGGGGACAGCACACUACUGGCGAGUGGGUCAUCGGAUGGUACAAUACGGAUAUGGAGCUUGGAAACAUGCAAUCUCGUGGCUGGUCCGUUCAGAAGUCUCAACUGGGUGGUGGGCGCAGUCCGAUUCUCGCAAGACUCAAAAAAGCUCACGCUCAAGUCAAAUGGAGGGAGGUGCCUCGAAGUGUGGGAUAUCCAAUCCCAGAAAUUGCUUGUUUACAGAGAAGGUUACUGGGAGCCGGGAGAUGUCCCAGCGUUUUGGACUACGAAAGACACAGACAUCGUAACCGCAUUCAGCUUUGAAGUUGGCGCCCAAAUUAAGACGAUCUAUGCAUUUGACGCGUCUACACUGGAGACCACCGGGGCCCCUUUUGCAGGACACACCAAAAUCAUCACCAGUAUAGCACUUUCACUCGAUUGUGCUCUCCUCGCCAGUGCUGCUCGGGACAACACCAUCAAUUUCUGGGCCUUUGAGUCCCGCCAGCUCCUCGCCUCAUUUGACAGUGGUUCUACCAUUUGCCAACUUAUUCUCUCACCCAACUUGUGUCAACUAGUUUGCACGACUGAGAACGACAACAGUAUCUACCUAUACGACACUCCCCCUGAGAUCCUCGCUUGCAUCCAGCCAGUACCACAAGAUAGAACCAUUUCCUCUAGAAGCCUAUUCCUCACUGAUGUACUCAUCCCUCCCUUUUCGUUUAUACCACUCCAUUAACCCCCUUUUUGCAGUCUGGCACGCUCUCUCUCGCCGCGAAUCGAUCUACUAGCGAGGCCCCACCAAAUGCGCAAGAGAGCCUCCCUCCCUACUCUCU